GGUGGGCUCCACCCACUUGGCCGUGCCUCAGCUCUGUCGUUUCCAGGCAUUUUGACCCUCGUGGGGAGCCGUACUGAAGAGGCCCGGCUCUAGCAGGCGGCAACAAGAAAUAUUGUCGCUGAGAGAAAGAUUUGUUUGGAGCAUAAAAUGGUUUUAAAUGAGAUGGACAAUGGAGGAUCUGAACAAGAGGACAACCGAUUGCUGGAGCCUGAUGUCAUUGCCAAAGGAAACAUCCUUGAGAGUUUUACAGAGAAUAAAGAAACACAGGAGAUGAUUCAUAAUCUCAGAUUAGUGCAUGAAAAUCUGGCAUUGCGAGAAGCAGUACUUGAAAAAUUUAAAGUUAUAAUGGACAAGUACCAAGAACAGCCUCAUCUUUUGGAUUCUCAUUUAGAGUGCAUGCUGAAGUUGCUAUUAGAUAUUAUCCGAGAUGAAUCUUCUCCCCCAUCUUUAAUUCAUCUGGCCUUUCAAUUUCUCUACAUCAUUUCAAAGGUUCGAGGAUAUAAAACAUUCCUACGACUGUUUCCUCACGAGGUAGUUGAUAUGCAACCUGUUUUGGAUAUGCUUGUGUGUCAGAAUCCAAAAGACUAUAUGACCUGGGAGACUCGAUACAUGCUCUUGUUAUGGUUGUCUGUAACAUGCCUGAUUCCAUUUGAUUUGGCACGGCUGGAUGGAAAUAUCUCUUCCAUAGAAGGAGGCUCUCGUGCAUCAACAAUGGACCGUAUCCUCACAGUGGCAAAAUCUUACCUUAUUGUGAGUGACAAGUCACGAGAUGCAGCUGCAGUCUUGGUCUCAAAGUUUAUAACCCGCCCUGAUGUCAAACAAAAAAGAAUGGCAGACUUCCUGGACUGGACCCUUUCAACCUUGUCUAAAUCCUCCUUUCAGACGAUGGAGGGGGCUAUUGUAAUGGAUGGCAUGCUUCAAGCCCUGGCACAACUUUUUAAACAUGGAAAAAGAGAAGACUGUUUACCAUAUGCUUCUACUGUGCUUGAAUGCCUUGAUAAGUGCAAGCUGUCUGAAAGUAAUCAAACACUUCUUCGCAAACUGGGAGUGAAACUCGUUCAGCGACUUGGCCUGACAUUUCUUAAGCCAAAGGUGGCUAAGUGGAGGUAUCAGCGGGGUUUCCGAUCUUUAGCUGCAAACCUGCAGUUUUCUGGUGAUGGCCCUAUUACACAGAAAACCGAUAAUGCAGGUGCUGUCAAAAAAGAGGAAGAAGAGGAAGAAGAAUAUGAUAUUCCAGGAGAGGUUGAAAACGUUGUAGAGCAAUUGCUGAUUGGAUUGAAAGACAAGGAUACAAUUGUAAGAUGGUCUGCUGCAAAGGGGAUUGGCAGACUGACUGGAAGGUUACCGAAAGAGUUAGCUGAUGAUGUGGUUGGAUCUGUGUUAGAAUGCUUCAGUUUUCAGGAAACUGACAGUGCUUGGCAUGGUGGAUGUUUGGCUCUAGCUGAAUUAGGAAGAAGGGGGUUGUUGCUACCUUCCCGACUCCCUGAUGUUGUCCCUGUGAUUCUAAAAGGACUGACCUAUGAUGAGAAGAGGGGAGCUUGCAGUGUCGGCUCUAACGUUCGGGAUUCGGCUUGCUAUGUUUCAUGGGCUUUUGCUCGUGCCUAUGACCCUGUAGAACUGAGACCAUUUGUUCAGCAAAUUGCAAAUGCCCUGGUUAUAGCUGCUGUAUUUGACCGUGAUAUUAACUGCAGAAGAGCAGCUUCGGCUGCCUUCCAGGAGAAUGUUGGUAGACAGGGUACAUUUCCACAUGGAAUUGACAUUUUGACUGCAGCUGAUUAUUUUGCUGUUCGUAACAGAGCUAAUUGUUUCCUUAAUAUCAGUGUAUAUAUUGCUGGAUUUCCUGAGUAUACACAGCCAAUGAUCGAUCACUUGGUUCAGAUGAAGAUUAACCACUGGGAUGGAGUUAUUCGGGAAUUGUCAGCCCAAGCUCUGCAUAAUCUCACAGCACAGGCCCCUGACUAUAUGACAGAUGAAGUUUUACCAAAACUGCUAUCACUGGCAGUUGGCACAGAUCUUCAUACUCGUCAUGGAGCGAUUCUGGCCUGUGCUGAGAUUACCCAUGCCUUGAGCCAAAUAGCAGAAGAAAAUAAAAGAUCUAUUUCAUCAUAUUUAAAUGAGAAAAUCUUGGAAGGACUUAAACAGAUCCAUUUGGAGCUUUACCAUCGUCAGCAAUAUAGGGGUUUAGGUGGCGAACUAAUGAGACAAGCUGUGUGCACUUUGAUUGAAAAGUUAUCACUUUCAAAAAUGCCCUUUAAAGAAGAUCCCAUAAUUGGUGGCUGGCAGUGGCUGAUAAAUGAUAGUUUACAAAGUCUCCAUCUCGUUUCAAGCAAUGCAAGACAACAAAUAAAAGAAUCAGCUGUCUCUGCUUUAGCUGCUCUGUAUGAUGAAUAUUAUUGCACUGGAGAGGAAGAUGCAAAUCCAGCUCAGCAAGAUCAACUGGUGAAACAGUACAUUUCAGGCCUCCAAAGCCAUGAGGAAAUGGUUCGGUGUGGCUUUUCUCUAGCCUUGGGUGCAUUUCCUAAGUUUCUUCUUAAAGGCAAAUUCCAUGAGGUUUUAGAAGGUUUGAAGAGAGUAACUUCAAUUUCCCCUGAAACUCUGAGCUUUGCUCAAUCCAGAAGAGAUGGAUUGAAAGCCAUUUCAAAAGUUUGUCAGACAGUUGGUGUGAAAGGAGACGGCUCGCCAAAUGAAUAUGUAUGCAAAAAUAAUGUUGCACAGAUAUACAACAUAUUGCUGGAUGGCCUCAAUGAUUACACAACAGACAGUCGUGGUGACGUUGGAGCAUGGGUGAGACAAGCUGCUAUGACCAGUUUAAUGGAAGUGACGCUGUUACUAACUCAGACUGAACCAGAGUUAAUCGACACUGAUGUCUCCAAACAGAUUAUGUGCUGCGUGGCUCAGCAGUCAGCGGAAAAAAUUGACCGGUUUCGAGCUCAUGCAGGAUCCAUCUUUCUCACGCUUCUGUACUUCAGCAACCCUCCUGUCCCCCACAUCCCCCACCGAGAAGAAUUAGAGAAGAUAUUUCCAAGAUCAGAGGCCAUAACAUUCAAUUGGAAUGCAGCAGCCCAAGCUUUUCCUAAAAUCACACAACUUCUGGGUUUAGCAUCGUAUCGUUACCAUGUCCUAACAGGUCUGACUGUGUCUGUCGGUGGACUGACCGAAUCAACAGUGCGGCACUCAUCCCAAAGUCUGUUUGAUUAUCUGAAGAAUAUUCAGAAUGACAUGGAUGCUAUGAAUAGCUUUUGUGAGACACUCUUACAAGUUUUUGAAGACAACCUUCUGAAUGAUAGAAUAUCUGUACCACUCUUAAAAAUGCUGGACCAGAUACUGGCGAAUGGUUGCUUUGAUAUCUUUGUAAAUGAAGAAAACCACCCAUUUCCAAUGAAGUUACUUAAACUUUGUAAAGAAGAGAGUCGGAGAUCAAAAGAUGUCCAGAAACUCCGCUCCAGCAUUGCAGUUUUUUGUGGCCUGGUCCAGUUUCCAGGAGACAUGAGAAAACAAGUUCUGUUUCAGCUCUUCCUCCUCCUUUGUCACCCAUUUCUAGUUAUUAGGACGACGACAGCCAGUCAGGUUUAUGAAAUGCUGAUCACCUACAGCGAUGUUGCUGAACCAGAUGUUAUUGAAGAGGUCAUGACAAUUUUGAGCGACACCAACUGGGACACAGACCUGACAUUGCUGAGGAAGCAGCGUAACUACUUAUGUGAUUUAAUGAAAGUGCCGAAACCACAAUUGGUAACCAAGAAAAAAUAACUGGAAACUCGUGGACUUUGACAAUGAAGAUUCCCAAAAUCUGUACAUCCAAAGGAGAAAGCAGAUUUUGACUUGGCAACCUGAGCAACUGUAGGGUGUGAAUAGGUGAAAGAGAACAAGUGACAGCCCCACAGGCCUGCUUUUGGAAGCUCUGUGCAUAAUGGAGGAUUUCUUUUAAAACAGAUUUUUUUUUUGUUAACUAAACUUAAGUCUGUUAGUACUAUUUCCAUGUCUGUAGCCACAAGAUGGCAGUUUGCACACAUAAUUUUCUCUUGUCGUUGAAAUUUGUUAUGCAUACCAAUCACUGAUAUUUUGUGUUUCUUUCUCAAAAUUGAAUUAAAAUAUCUAUUGGGCAGUGCAAA